CUCCGUUUUCCUCCUCCUCGAGGCAGCUGUCAGCUCCUCCUCCUCAGAUGAGCUUCUGCUGCGCUUCAGGACUCGAUCAGACCCGGCCGUCUGCUCUCGCUGGGAGGACCUGAUACGCACAAACAGACCGAUUCAUGAACGCAUGGAGUACACUUGCAUCUUUCUGCUGUGCGUCGCCGCUCUGAUGCCAGGGCGGCGGACCUGCUUUAAUAUCGACACCAGGCAUGCAAAAAUCAUCAGGGGUUCGAAGGAGGCUCAGUUUGGAUAUACUGUUCAACAACACGAGGCAGGCGGGCAGAAAUGGCUCCUGGUCGGAGCUCCCUUUGAGCGCAGCGGUGAACACCAGACAGGUGACGUCUACAGAUGUCCACUAGACGGCAAACCUGCCACAAACUGCACGCGGCUGCAUUUAGAAAAGGUAUCCCUGAACAACGUUUUCGAACGCAAAGAGAAAAUGAGGUUGGGAAUGACCCUCACCUCCAACCCAAAAGACAACAGCUUUGUGGCAUGUGGCCCGCUGUGGUCGUACGAGUGUGGAAGUUCUUAUUACAGCACAGGCAUCUGUUCAAAAGUCAACAGCAGCUUUGACUUCACACACAGCAUCGCUCCAGCCUUUCAAAGAUGCGAGACCUACAUGGACAUAGUGAUUGUGUUAGACGGAUCAAACUCCAUCUACCCGUGGUAUGAGGUUCAAGAUUUCCUGAUUAAUGUGCUACAGAAGUUUUACGUCGGUCCAGGACAGAUCCAGGUCGGGGUGGUCCAGUACGGCGAGAGAGUGGUGAGCGAGUUUCGUCUGGACGAUUUUCGUACGGUUGACGACGUUGUAGCCGCAGCUAAGAACAUCGACCAGCGAGGGGGAGAAGAAACGCGCACAGCUCUCGCCAUCAGCGAAGCACGAACACAAGCAUUCAAACACGGAGGUCGCCCAGAUGCCAAGAAAGUCAUGAUUGUCAUCACUGACGGAGAAUCUCACGACAGCCCAAACCUACGGAAAGUUGUGGAGGAAAGCGAGAAGGAUAAUAUCACCUUGUACGGUAUUGCGGUUCUCGGCUACUAUAAUCGGCGAGGGAUCAACCCUGAAGCUUUUCUACGGGAAAUCAAGUUCAUCGCCACCGAUCCUGAGGAGCACUUCUUCAGCGUCACUGAUGAGUCCGCCCUCAAGGAUAUCGUCGACGCUCUGGGAGAGAAGAUCUUCAGCUUGGAGGGCACUGACCAGAACGGUACGGCCUUUGGUCUGCAGAUGUCUCAAGCUGGAUUCUCCUCACACAUUGUAGAGGAUGGGAUUCUGGUUGGUGCCGUUGGGGCGUAUGAUUGGAACGGAGCCGUUCUGAAAGAGACCCGUCACGGUAAAGUCAUCCCACCCAAGUCCUCGUACGUGAAGGAGUUCCCAGAGGAGCUGAAGAACCACGGAGCGUAUCUGGGGUACAUGGUGUCUUCAGUCGUCUCGGCUCAGCACGGUCAGCUGUACGUCGCCGGAGCUCCUCGAUUCAACCACACGGGGAAAGUCGUCAUCUUCACGCUGACCAACAGUGGCAACCUCACCAUACUGUACUCACUGUACGGACAGCAGAUCGGAUCGUAUUACGGCAGCGAGCUGGCACCCAUUGAUCUGGAUGGCGAUGGACUGACGGAUCUGUUACUCGUCGGAGCUCCCAUGUACUUCUCCAAGGGCUGGGAGAAAGGCCGAGUCCACAUCUACGCCAUCAGCUCACAGGGCUCUUUUAUACCAGACGGGACUCUCGGAGCGGCAGAAAAGACCCACGACUCUCGUUUCGGCGCGGCUAUGUCUGCUCUUCCGGACUUGAACGGCGAUGGCUUCGGCGAGCUGCUGGUGGGAGCACCGCUGGAGGACAACCACAAGGGAGCCGUCUAUCUCUUCUACGGCCAACGAAACGCCAUCCAACCCAAACACAAGCAGAGAAUAGCCGCUGGUGACGUCUCUCCGGGUCUGCGUUAUUUCGGCCGCAGUGUGCACGGGGUGAUGGACGUGAAUGGAGACGGGCUCAUAGAUCUGUCCGUGGGGGCUUUAGGGGCCGCAGUUCUGCUUUGGUCUCGCAGCGUCGUCCGCGUUGGGAUCGCCAUUCAUUUUGAGCCUUCGAAAAUCAACGUUUUUAAUAAAGACUGCGUGCGAGGAGGUCGGGAGGUGUCGUGCAUGUUGGCCACCGUUUGUCUGAACGUCACUCCGCGGACGCCGAUGACGGAUCCGAAAACUGUCGCGCUGAGGUACAGCUUUGGUUUCGAGGAGAAUGGCUAUUUCCCCAGAGCCGUGUUGGACAGCACUGAAGAGAGCAGAGACGUCACGCUGCGGCCCGACUCAGAUCACUGCCAGCAAGUCUACUUCUACGUUCACGAGGUGACAGAUUACACACGUCCCCUGAUCUUCAGAGUCAACGUCGGGCUGCAGAACGCAGAUGAAGGGCCGGUGCUGGACGACGGGUGGCCCACCGGUCUGCAGUCAGAGCUGCCGUUCUGGAACGGCUGUGAUAACGAUGACCGGUGCGUUCCCAACCUCGUCCUGCAGAGCAGCUCGGACCUGUUAGACCGCAGGCAGUUCUGCGGGCGACGCGAGCGCUCCUCGUGGCCGCCGUGUGUCCAUCAGAGGACGAGCGGAGAACGUCUGGUGGAGGCCGGCCGGAGGAAGGUUCUGCUGGAGGCGCGCUUGGAGAACCGAGGAGAAAACGCGUACGGCACGGUCCUGCACAUCACGCAUUCUCCAAACCUCCAGUUCUCCAGUCUGGUGGUGAAGGCACCUUCAGACGCUGCGAUCGAGUGUCCGAACUCUGAUGAUAUGAGCCUCUACCGAACCUGCAACGUCAGCGCUCCCUUCAUGAGGUCCUCUGCUCAGGUUUAUUUUCGACUGGAGUUUGAGUUCAGCAGAUCGGUCUUCUUGAACUACAUCCAGAUCACUCUGAGGGUCUCCAGUGAAGGUGAUGAAAUGUCUCCAGAAGACAACGUCAAUGACAUAUAUCAUAAUCUGAAAUAUGAGGCUGAUAUUCUCUUCACAAGAGAAUCCAGCCGGUCCCGUUUUGAGAUCAAACCUGAGCUUGGCCAGAGCGUCUCUGCUGGGACCGGACCGCCCUUCAAUCUCUCUUAUCAGAUCCAAAAUCUCGGCAUGUUUCCCGUAUCUGAGCUUCUCUUCACGUUAAACGUCUUCGCUGUGACCAGAAAUGCGAACGCUCUCCUGCGCCUCUCAGACCUGGAUAUCGAUCAGACGUCUGGCUCACACUGCAACGCUCCACGCGUCAUCACCGCCGGCUCGUCCUCGCAGGAAGACCUCUCACUCAACCCACACAUGAACGCAUCCACUAGCGAUGCAUUAUUAGCGCAGUGUAGAAUCAACCUGCUUCCCCAAGGAGACGUUAUCAUUACCGCCGCAGGAUGGCUCAAUCUGCGUUCUUUAUUAGCUGUGAAAUUUAAGCGGUUAGAUCUGGUAAUGACGGCUGUAGUCGAGUUGAGCCCCUCGAGUCCGAUGUUCCUCCACGAGGAACGACCCAUGAGACACAUAAUCCUGGAGAUUAGGAAGGAGGAAGAUUACCGGAUUCCCAUCUGGGUGAUUGUUGGAAGCACAUUGGGAGGACUGCAGCUUCUGGCUCUGCUGGUACUGGCCCUCUGGAAGCUCGGCUUCUUCCACAGGCAAAAGAGAAAGAGGGAAGAGCAGGCGACCAAUGAGAAGACAGCAGAGGAUCGGUAACGCCACGGCGACCUCCUCAGCCAAUCACUCAGGGACUCUCCAGACACGGGUGUGUGUCAGCCAAUCAGCUGCUCUAGAGCACUGCCACGCCCCCCCAGCAGAACCAAUCAGCUCGCUUCCCCUGGCCGCGCUGCCAAUUGAGACAGAAGAUGUGAAGAUGCAGGUUUUGAGGAAGAAGAAAUGUCACUUAGUGUGAGACUUUGGAAACAGGUGAAAAGUACUAAAAAAACUGUUUUGAGAGGUUUUGGUGCUGAUAAACAAACCUCAGAUUGUGGAGAAAGGAUCGUAAUUUUAUUUUAUUUUUUUUUUUUUGCUGCAGCGUAAUUUCAAGCUGAUGCACUUGCACAUUGUAAAGAAUUUUGAACUUGAAAUCUGUAAAUAUUUUAAAAAGUUCAGCAAUAUAAUGUAAGACUAUGAUAAAAUACAAUAAAAUAUUUAACCAUAAAAUUUAUGCACCUUAAUGCAUUUGGUUGCAACAUCGGUUCAAGGUUCCUAUAGUUGACUUUUUGUCAUAAUCACAAUUUUCUAUAUAGUACAAUGCAGCUGGAAUUGGAAGUAUUGCUCGCUUCCAUGUGUAUCUCUGUGUUUUUGAGGGUAGCUGAAAUUAUGCCUUUCAUUUGCAAUACUUUUUAUUUAUUUUUUUGACUGCAAAUAUGCUGUCCGUUAAUAUUAUUUUAAGACUUUGACGAGAACCGUGGGGUAUGGUAUAAAUUGAUCAAAUAUCCUUGACAUGUCAACUACCCUAAACACUUUUUUUCACGAUUGCCAUGUCUGCGUUCAGAAUGGAAUCUACUAACAAGAACACUGCAGACUAUUUAAAAAAUGUGUAAACCAUAUAACGUUAUUUACAUUUAAAGUCAAAGUUUUUACGAAGAUGUCGGCCUGAUCGAAUUAUUAGUAAGAAAACGCAAACUCGUAAAUCAUUUGCGGUGCAUUCGUCGAAGACGGAGUUAAACGCAUUGCUUUGAUGGUUAAUGUUAUUCUGUGCAGUUUGAAAUAUGUAGGUCAUGCGAUGCAUAAAAACGCAAUGCACGCUAUACAUGCUACACACUUCAGCAAAAGCAGUUUGAUCGUUCUAUUCUAAACAUAGUCUUUCAAUCGGAAAUGUUUUCAGAUGCCGUGGUGGGGGUCGCUCGUUGUCUUUUAUGUCACCGUUUUAUUGCAUGUAAAGAUGACAGCUUGUCAUGUUAACUGGUCCACUGAAUACAUUAAAAUCACCUUGAUU